AUGAUCUUGCGCGCGCUCAACACAGCCAGCGAUUGCGUUCAUGGCACAUGCGCCCCAAGCGUCCGAGGUUGCCCCGGGUACAGCCGCCCCGUUACCCGUGAUCAGAUAGCCUUAGGCCCGCGGCAGCAAAGGCGGUGAGCCGCUGGCUGCUCUGGAGGUGGUAGCCGACCUCUUCUUCUUCCGGUUAACGGGGUUUUGCAUCCGGCAGUCCGACGUAUCUCAUACUAAUUACUGUGCCGCGCCACCUGUUCUGGAGAUACCUUCCCUCAGCUCCGCCGAUCGUAAGCAAGCACAAACACACACACACACCCCACACACACACUCCACACACGCACACACACACACUUACACACACUUACACACACAGCGAUCGCCACCACGUGGCGGAGUCAGGUAAGCUCGCCUCACUAGCUCCACUGAGCGCAAGCACACGCGCACACACAGCGAUCGCCACCACGUGGCGGAGUCAGGUUAGCUCGCUUCACUAGCUCCACUGAGCGCAAGCACACACACACGCACACACACACGUUUGCGUUGUAUGUUCAAACUAAAAUAAAAGGGUUAAAAGUUUGAAACUGAGUGAUUUUUUCUUUUGAGUGGUUAGAGCAGAAGUCACUGAUGACAGCCAUAAUAAAAAAGGGCAACUUUUCAUUUAUAGAUGAUUUUAUAGGCCACUAAGUGACAGUGGCAGUUCCGUGCCACUAAUGCCAGAUUAGUCGUUUUUUUUUUAUUUUCUGCUGUGACACAAAAACUGAAACUGCAACUAAAACUAAUUUUACACAUACUUAUACCACUCAUAGGUUCUGAUAAUCUUUCACAAAGAAAUUUGAAUUUGCAAUACUCUUAUUAUUUUUUACCACUUUUUAAAAUUUUGGGCAUUUUUUACGGUGUGUUUAGACUUAAAUUAAAAGGGUUAAAAGUUUGAAACUGAGUGAUUUUUUCUUUUGAGUGGUUAGAGCAGAAGUCACUGAUGACAGCCAUGAUAAAAAAAGGGCAACUUUUCAUUUAUAGAUGAUUUUACAGGCCACUAGGUGACAGUGGCAGUUCCGUGCCACUAAUACCAGAUUAGUAGUUUUUUUUUAUUUUCUGCUGUGACCCAAAAACUGAAACUGAAAACUAUUUUUACACAUACUUAUACCACUCAUAGGUUCUGAUAAUCUUGCACAAAGAAAUUUGAUUUUGCAUUACUCUUUUAAUGUUUUUACCACUUUUUAAAAUUUUUGGCAUUUUUUACGGUGUGUUUACACUAAAAUUAAAGGGGUUAAAAGUUUGAAACUGAGUGAUUUUUUCUUUUGAGUGGUUAGAGCAGAAGUCAAUAAUGACAGCCAUAAUAAGAAAAGGGCAACUUUUCAUUUAUAGAUGAUUUUACAGGCCACUAAGUGACAGUGGCAGUUCGGUGCCACUAAUACCAGAUUAGGGAUUCUGAGGAAAGAAGGUACAAGGGUUAAGUGUGGUAGGGGGUCUUCCUCCCUGGAGAGUUUUCACCAACACCAGUGUGCUUUUAUUCCAGGUACAUUCACAUCAACACACAUUGUGUUUGUCAUUUUCUAAUAUUCUUUUCUAUGUUAUUGACAGAGAAUGUGUUGUAAUUACUUAAGUAAAACAGUUACCACUGUCAGGUGUUCAUAUGUAUUUACUUUACAAUAAUGGUUAACUGAACAGAAUAUUUUGUUUCUUAGGCUGGCGAUGCAAUGCAAUGCACAUGCAAAUGUACAUGAUGGAGGGAGCAUCGAGGUGGAACAUGGGCCAGGCCAAGGAGGCUGUAGCUGUGGAGGGGUCUCAACUCUCAGAAUUUUUGAUGUCCAAUUGAUUUCUCACCUCAAUAACAUGAGCCAGUCGGUCCUUGGUUAUGCUAUGGUUUCAGAGUUCACCCCACCUGGAAAACAUAAGAAGAUAAGAGAAGGUAAGAGAAGAAUCAGAGAAUCUCUGGUAGACAAAAGUAUUACAUCCACUCCUCCACUUUUUCUUUGGAACCCCCCUACUCAGAGGAUGUGUAUUUCGAUGCGAAGAUUGUGCUAUAAAUGUAGGAGAUUGAUGUUAGUAUGCAUGUCCUUUUUUCAUCUUUGUGUUUAUACUGGUUGCAGGAGAGCACAAAUCUGUGGAGUAUUUGUUGGCCCAGACCAACAGAGGUGACCUGCUUACUCCUGAGCAAAUGCCUGACAUCCCCUCACAGGUGCUGGAGGAAGAUGAGGAUGAGCCAGAUGCCACCGUGUUCAUGCCAGGUGACCUUGCGGCAGGUGAUUCCUUGAAUGAGGCUGAACCGGACGCUACACUCUGCCAGUCAACUGAGCUUGAGGCUGGUGAUCCCGAUCCUCCAAGUGCUGUGGAUGACCAGGUGAUGUUGGAGGGUGACACCAAACCCAGUCCCUUCGACACAGAGGCCAAUAACAAUUUCUUCAACACCUUACUCAAAAACAAAAUAUUUCAAUUAAUUACAUCUGGUUACAUUUUGAUAAGAUUUAUGAAUAUGAAAUCAGCAUCGCUCAUGUAACAAAAAAUAUAAAUCUUUUGCUUUGUGUUUUCUUUUUUCCCUUAUCCCUUUUCAGACCAGCCAAUGUGACUCGAGAGGCGUUGGGAGGCAGUUGAUGCCCUAGCAGCCUACCUAGUUGACUUAAAUCGAACAACCACAGCCUUGUCAGUCAAGGAGGAGGUAGACAUAGUCCACCUUUACACAGCUCUCCAUGCCAUUGACAAGGCACCUUCAAAGUACAAAUUGGUAAUUAAUUUAUACACCAUAAUUUAACAAACAUUCCAUGGAAUGAAUGAAGCACAUUGAUGUCUCUUUUCGGUGUUUGCCUCAGACUUGCCAAAGAGUAUGUGCAAGCACGCAACAGGCCAAAGGACACAAAUGGAAAAACCAUGCCAGUCCCUCAAUCCAUUGUCAGCGUCUAUGGCCACAUCAAACAGCUGCUGGAGGACAGCAGGAUUGUCCUGAACCAGACCAACUUGGCUCUGGUGCCAGUUAACAACACCACUGUCUCCUUAUAGUGUGUAUUAUUUCAUUUAACUUUCCCAUACUGUCAAGACAGUAUAUAAAGAUUUUACAGUAAUAAAAACCUCCACCUGCAUUUCAUUAGGUAUAAGUAUAAAAUAGUGAAUUUUUGUCUUGUAGGCUACUUAGGAGGGAUACAAGGAAGGACAGGGACAGGCUCCUGCAAGAGACUGUCCUCCCCAAACAGCUGCACCUGGCCAAGGAGUCUCUCCCUGCAGUGAACACACUUCCAGCUGCCCCUGCACAACAUGCACAUGAAGUAAUGACAUUUGAGGAGCCACAAAACCGUGAGGGGGAAGCUUUCCCCUGUCAGCGCACUCCUGUGGCAAACAGGCCUGUGUUUUGUCCACCGUUUCCACCUCCCCUGUUCCCUCCACAAUUCCAGCACCCUCCCUAAUUCUACCAUCAAGCUCUGCCGUUCCAGCCUGCUGUGCCUUUCCAGCCUGCUGUGCCGCUCCAGCCAGCUGUGCCAUCGCAGGAAGCUCCUACGUCGCAGUUAGCAUGCCUUCUGCCUCAGCCAAGGCAACAUGACUGGAGACACCGUAAAGCUGCCCAGGAAGAUCAGGAGCGAGUGUCUCAAGGAGAACCACGAAAGAAAAGGCUGACAAAGGAAAUCUACCACUACACUUGCAAAGAGUGCGGUAAGCAGAAAAAUAAAAGCACUGGACACACCCAGCUGAAAGGGCGGUGGUACUGUCCAGCCUCAGGACUGACCCUGGAGCAAUGGAAAAACGGUUUAUAA